CGGCCGCGACGACCCGAGCCGUCCGGCAGGGAGACCUCCGAUGAUGGGCGACGACAAGUCCGCGCGGAGCCUCAGCCCCAUGGGCGGCCGCGACCGCGACCUGGAGCUCCUCAUCCCCGUCUCCGGCGGCAGCGGCAGCGGCGGCUCGCCCUCCGGCGACGACGACGUCGACAGGACCGCCUCGUCGUCCGCCUCCGCCGCGCUCUCCUCCUCCGGCCGCGAGGCUUUCCAUAAGGUGGUCCGCAGCUGGGCCUCAAAGAAAUUCAUGACUGGAUGUGUAAUUCUCUUCCCAAUAGCGAUAACAUUCUACUUCACCUGGUGGUUCAUUCAUUUUGUUGAUGGAUUCUUCUCUCCAAUCUAUGCACAACUGGGAAUCAAUAUUUUUGGUCUUGGCUUCAUCACCUCUGUUACGUUCAUAUUUUUCGUUGGAGUCUUCAUGUCAUCUUGGGUUGGAGCAUCUGUCCUCGGCCUUGGUGAAUGGAUCAUUAAGCGCAUGCCACUUGUGCGCCAUAUCUACAAUGCAUCCAAGCAAAUAAGUGCCGCAAUAUCACCAGAUCAGAACAAACAGGCAUUCAAGGAAGCAGUCAUCAUAAGACAUCCUCGUGUUGGAGAAUAUGCAUUUGGAUUCAUCACCUCAUCAGUCUCUCUCCAGAGCUAUGCUGGUCAAGAGGAACUUUACUGUGUCUAUGUCCCGACCAACCAUCUUUAUAUUGGUGACAUCUUCAUGGUGAACUCGAAGGAUGUCAUCAGGCCAAAUCUUUCUGUGCGCGAAGGCAUUGAGAUUGUUGUAUCUGGUGGUAUGUCCAUGCCCCAGAUUUUGUCAACCCUGGAUCCUCAUACAAUCCACACAGACCGAAGCGGAGCGAGCAGAAGCUGAGACAAACUCCCUGCGUACCUGGUCAUCUAUAACAAGUAAAAGUUUCUCACAGACUACACAAGUGCGGUGAACAAGAUCCUGAGCACAAUGUAUUAGCAACUUGUCAGGCUCGAGGAUCACAGGGAUAUGUAAUUAAGUAGAAGUAGGUGAUGACACGUGUUGCUGAUCUGAUGAAAUUUGUAGAAUGGCUUGUUCCUUGUACCACCUCAUAUGCUUUGUAGUUAUAUUUGUAACUUUUUUUUACUAUUGUUUAGUUUUCUUGUAGCUUUCUGAGUGCCACAUGCUUUUGGUAUCAACUAUGUCUGAGGUGUUACUGCGAAGAAAAUGUUUGAGGUGCGUUA